AUGUCGACCGCAAGAACAGUGACAUCGCCGGUGUCUCCGGAUCGCACGAUCCACGACGCUAUACUUGCAGCGCUCGCUCUUCCCACCCUAAAAGCUAAGGCGGAAGCCUUGAAGGGAGCUUUACAAGACUGGCGAGGCGACGCUGAGGCAGGUGUCAAGUCUCCCCAUCUACUCGUCCACAUCUUCGACCGCUUGUACGAACUCGAGGCACUCCCCGGCGCCCUUACCAAACAAGACUCCACCAACUUCAAAGUCGUCCGAGAAGUAUGCGACGAACUCGGCUUCAAGAUGCUUUUCGCGCGUGUUGACAAGGCGCUCGGUGGUUGUACCUUUAUCGCACACAACAAGAUCGCGAACUGGACAAGAAGCCGUCCUAAAUUCGACAUUCCCAAAGACUGGGUCUUCAUCGAUAGACUAACGCUUGAGCACGUUGUCGAUGUGCAUGGAGAGUCUUUGCCCGGUUGUCUACCUUUGUUAGAUUCGGAAGUCAUUCAAAAGGACCCUUUUACGUAUAAGACGGCUAGCGUGCAGACUUGUGAGGGGGUCAAGAGCAUGGCUUCGGGGAUGGAUCAUGAAAAGGCAGCACUCGUCAUUAUUCCUACUCAUAAUGUCACUGCUUACGAAGUUCGACAAUGCUUGACUAUUCCGGUGAAGGAGAGCGUCUACCACAACGAGGAUCUCUGGGAACAACACGGCCCGGACCUUGGCUCGCCGCAGGCUGAUUCAGAGACUAUCAUUCAAAUGCUCGACAAAGCAACGGAAAAGGCGCGUAAUCCCGUCAUGGUUACGACCGAGGACGAGCACAUUCGGGAAAUAUGCGAGUUGUUCUACGGAUACUACGACAAAGAGAAGAGCGGUUGGCAUACACUCAGAAGGUUCCCAGCGAUACGCGAGGAGGCUUUGGAGCGUCUGACUGCUGUAAGCGUGGAGUACGGCUCACAGGACAUUUGGCAGAGGGCAGUUGAGAUGCUCAACGAGUGGUGGCUCUCUAAGCCCCAGAUGAAGACCGAUAUCACAGCUGAGACGCUUUGCCAUUCGCUGCAUCAAUCGCUGGGCAAAGAAUAUCCCGAGAAGGCGAGCUAUCUGGUGAACGGGACUUACGGUCUUGAAGCGAAUAUCGCCGUAUGCAACAAGAUCAAGGUCGCUUUUGAAGCUAAUCAUGAAGGAAAUGAGUAA